AUGAGUCUCCUCCUGAUCAUUGCAAUUCUGCUCUUCCAGAAGUCCACAGUAACUGAACAACUUAAGAAAUGCUGGGGUGAAUAUAUACAAGGCCACUGCAGGAAAAUAUGCAAAGUAAGUGAAAUACGUGAAGUACUAUGUGAAAAUGGGAGAUACUGUUGCCUCAGCAUCGUGAAACUGGAAGCACGUAGAAAAAUUACAAAGCCACCUCGUCCAAAGCCAAUGACAUAUGCAGUGACUUUUCCUCAAGAUUAUGAUACAACUACAGGAAGUUAUUUAAUCCCCAAGACAAAUUCCACAUAA